GUGACCGGCGACACCGUCUUUCCUCGGACCCCAAGUUCGGCAAACGCUCGCGGUCAAACCGAGGUCCGAGCUCCGGCCAGUCCGACAUCCGGCGCUCAGGGGAGGGGACGGGGCAGCCUCCCACCGACGCCUCCCAACCCCUCGGCUCCCUCCCGGGGAGGCCGGGCUGCAAUGGGGCGGGGUCCGCCCCGCGCGUGAUGCUGGGUGCCCGGCCCCGUGCCCUCCCUCAGGGUGGAGCUUCCUCCUCACCGCCAGACUUAAGCUGAAGCCCUUGGCCACGCGGGAGGGUGUGGAUUGAGCCCAGGUCACGGCGUGUGCGCUCGCUCUGUGCUCGUGCCGAGGGGACAGUGAUGGCUUCCUGUGUCAUUCUGCACACUGGGCAGAAGAUGCCCCUAAUUGGUCUGGGCACCUGGAAGAGUGAGCCUGGCCAGGUUAAAGCAGCUGUUAAAUAUGCCCUUAGUGUGGGCUACCGCCACAUUGACUGUGCUGCUCUCUACAGCAACGAGGCUGAGAUUGGCGAGGCCCUGAAGGAGAACGUAGGACCCGGCAAGGCAGUGCCCCGGGAGGAGCUGUUUGUGACAUCCAAGCUGUGGAACACCAAGCACCACCCUGAGGAUGUGGAGCCUGCCCUCCGGAAGACACUGGCCGACCUCCAGCUGGAGUAUCUGGACCUGUACCUGAUGCACUGGCCUCAUGCUUUUGAACGGGGGGACGACCUCUUUCCCAAGAAUGCUGAUGGAUCUGUGCGUUAUGACUCCAUCCACUACAAGGAGACCUGGAAAGCAAUGGAGGCGCUGGUGGCUAAGGGGCUGGUGCGGGCACUGGGCCUGCCCAACUUCAACAGUCGGCAGAUCGAUGAUGUGCUCAGCGUGGCCUCAGUGCGCCCCGCCGUCUUGCAGGUGGAAUGCCACCCAUACCUGGCUCAGAAUGAGCUGAUUGCCCACUGCCAAGCACGUGGCCUGGAGGUGACUGCUUACAGCCCUUUGGGCUCCUCUGACCGUGCUUGGCGCGAUCCUGAAGAGCCUGUUCUGCUGGAGGAACCCGUGGUCCUGGCACUGGCUGAAAAGUACGGCCGAUCACCAGCCCAGAUCCUGCUCAGGUGGCAGGUGCAGCGGAAAGUGAUCUGCAUCCCCAAGAGUGUCACUCCUUCCCGCAUCCUGCAGAACAUCCAGGUGUUUGACUUCACCUUUAGCCCGGAAGUGAUGAAGCAGCUGGAUGCCCUGAACAGAAACUGGCGCUACAUCGUGCCCAUGAUUGUGAUUAAGGCGCGAGUCUUUCAGCCAGGAUCCAAUGGACACCCUGAUCAGGUGCCCUACAUUACCACGUGGGAGGAUCUUUCACGUAACCCCCCUCCCUGGAUAGAACCCUUCUCCUUCCCGACGGAGCCCAUACGGACCCCGUUACCCCUUCCUCGGCCAUCCCCAACUCCUUUGAUACCUUCCUCCCCGAUACCCCCUCCUCCUAUCCCGGUUGUGCCAACCUCCUCCCUAUACCCUCUGAAGGAGAUUCGAGAUCCAAAACCUGACAAGCCACCGGUUCUUCCGGCUGAUCAGGACUUUCUGCUCUUUGACUCUCCCCCACCCUAUCUUCCCGGCCAGCCUGCUCCCCCGCAGGAACCCCCACAACAACCAGAGCGGGUCCGGUUUGGGACUGCCACCUCUUUAAACCCGGCCACCCUGCUCCCGGAACUGGGGCCCCAGGCCCAGGUAAUCCAUAACUGUCACCAAAUCCUGGCUGAGGCCCACGGCACCCGAAAAGACCUAACCGACCAGCCUCUGCCGGAUGCCGAAAUGACCUGGUUCACGGAUGGGAGCAGCUUUCUACAGAACGACACCUUCUCCGGAUGGACUGAGGCAUUCCCCACAAAACGGGAAACCGCCCGGGUGGUCGUCAAGAAGAUCAUAGAGGAGAUCUUCCCCCGGUUCGGCUUGCCUAAGGCCCGGUUGAGAGCGCUCCAGAUCAUCCAGAACCAGGUCUGGAAACCUCUUGCAGCAGCCUACCAACCCGAGACGACAACCAUCCCACAUCCUUUCCAAAUCGGUGAUGCUGUGUAUGUCCGAAGGCACCAAUCUAAGACUCUCGAGCCCCGGUGGAAAGGCCCCUUCACUGUGCUGUUGACAACUCCCACCGCUCUCAAGGUCGACGGAAUCGCUGCUUGGGUCCACGCCUCACACGUGAAGCGAGCACCACCUCCCCAGGGCCCCGAGGAUCCGGAUAGACCAGCCAAAUGGAAGCUCCAGCGCACUCAGAACCCACUCAAGCUAAGACUUUCAAAAACUGUUUAAUAUUUGUGAUGUUCCUGGCCUUUCCCCAUUGUUUUUCCAAUCCCCAUGCUCCACAAUUGUUAACGUGGAACCCAACCCAGUCCAGCAAGAACAGAGUUCCCUCCCUCCAGUGAGGCAGGCUCUCCCCAGGCAGGUCCAAUAGAUUUUAGGAUUAAAAUCUUUGCAAAAAGAAAAGGAGGGAAUGAAGGACCCUUAUGGGGGAGAGGGACAAGAAACUAGGCCUGGGCAGAUAUCAGGGGCUUCUUAAGAGGUUAGAUGUUCCCCAGAGUCCAGCGGGCAGGACGUUCUCUGGGAAGGAAAAGUCAAUCCCCUUCAGAGAACCUCUAGGCAUGCCCAGAGCAGAGCUGCCACUCUCCUCAGCACUCUCCUCAGCACUCUCCCUCAGCAUUCUCCUCAGCACUCUCCUCAGCACUCUCCUCAGCACUCUCCUCAGCACUCUCCUCAGCAUUCUCCUCAGCACUCUCCUCAGCACUCUCCUCAGCACUCUCCUCAGCAUUCUCCGGUAUGCUAAUUGUCCCUCCGAACCAGCCAAUCCCGUGUUGCCACUGCAUUCCAUAUGCUAAUGGUCCCUCUGAACUGACCAAUCCUAUGCAUGCGCAUUAGGAAUAUGCUAAUUCGUUGCCUAUAUAACCUGUGUGAAACUGCCGCUCAGGGCUCCUCACUGCCUGAGGUGGGGGCCCGUUUGCGCAAACGUUCAAUAAAACCUCGUGCUUUUUGC